CAUGAUGAGUCCUCUGAUGCAUUCAAUAAUUUCUGAGCAGAAAACUGUGAAAGCUUAGCCGUCUGUCUCACUCCAUUAUGUUUAAAAAGGAAGGAAAUUACAGAAAUCUAGUAAGGUCAUCAAGCAGCUGCUCCAUUUUCGCCCACUAGCUCCCAUUUCUUACAAUUAUUGGUGACUUUCAAGUAGUUUUCAGCAUUUUGUUUUUUAUUGGACUUUUCAACGCCAUGGACAUUAAAAUUGACUCCCACAGCUGUACCUUAUCCAGGGCUUAGACUGCACACCAAUAUGACCUGUGUUUGGAGUUUUGCAAGCUUUCUUGGGGGAUUUUUAUACCUCCAGGUAUUUGCUUAUGAUGGUGGGAGUCUUAAGGGAGUGACGCAGAGUGAGUUAGAACAGAGGAUCAGAUCUGCUGCAAACCUUGAAGAGCUGCUACGUAUCACUCACCCCAGGGAGUUAAAGUUAUGGAGAUGCCGGACCAAACUCAAGUCCUACAUCAGCACUGACACCAGGUCAGGGCCCCACCGCUCAACCAGAUUUGCUGCAGCAUUCUAUGACAUUGAAAUACUAAAAGUUAUUGAUGAGGAGUGGCAGAAGACUCAGUGCAUACCUAGAGAAACCUGUGUGGAUGUUGGAAAGGACCUCGGCACAGCUACCAGCACGUUCUUCAAGCCCCCCUGUGUUUCAGUGUACAGAUGUGGAGGUUGCUGUAAUGAAGAGGGUGUCACCUGUUUGAAUACCAGCACUUCUUACGUCUUGAAAUCGGUUUUUCAAAUAUCUCUACCUUUAACUCAAGCACCAGAACCCGUAACCAUCAAAGUUGCCAAUCACACAAGCUGCAAAUGUUUAUCCACCGGUUCGCGUCAUCCACCCACCAUCAUUCGUAGAUCUGUGCGCUAUACUGAAUAUGGUUGUUUUCAAGAAAAUAGAUAUUGUCCUUCUGGCUUCCAGUGGAACAGUACCAAGUGUGAGUGUAUGCUUGAAAAGGAUACUCCACUUAUCAGAAGAAGGGAAGAGUUGGCCCUAUGCGGCGCCCACAUGGAGUUUGAAGACAGUUGUGAAUGUGUCUGUAAACUCAAAUGCCCUGGAAACCUUCUAUUGAACAAGGAGAACUGUACCUGUAGUCAAUGCAGUGAAAGUCUGGAUAGCUGCUGUGAAAAGAAAAAAAUAUUUCACCCAGAAACCUGCAGCUGUAAAGAGGAUUGUCCAUUUCCAGCCAAAGUGUGCCCAGGUGGUAGAAGGGUCUGUGCCAAGCAAUUUACCUGCUUCAGAAGAAGUCCUUAUCUAUACCACAGCAGAGAAAAUCCAUAAGUAUAAAGGUCCAGAGUUCUAGGACAUUACAUGACAAUUCAGAACUUGAGAGAACACUGUUAUGUCUAUUCAUUUUUCCCCCCUUUAAUACCACAUAUUGUUAAUAAAGAGGACAAUGUUUGAAGAGAAACAUUAGCAGUAUAAACAUGUUUCAGGACUUACAUGAUCAACUCAACACGUGGCCCCUGAAGCUAUCUACAGUCAUCCUAAGUUUAUAUCCAUCAGCACUGAAAUCAUUGUAGACUCACUGGUAGGAACCAUGUUGCAGUUAGUCAGUGGUGAAAAUGGUGUUCAGCUCGACAACUUGGACCCCUCAUCAUCUUAUUUUUGCCUAUAUGGCACAAUCAACCACAAUCAGUUUACUUAUCCCUGCAAACUUGCUGGAUGCAAGAUGCUGGUUUAAACUAUAUGUUUAUUGAAUGUUAUAUGGAACAAGAUAUCUCAAGAUAUGUGUGUAAGAGCAAUGUGGAUUGACUGAACACAGGUAGUAGAUGCAGGUCACCAAUGCAGGAAGAAGAGCACAUGGAGGUGCGGACAACCCAUAGCUGUGUGGGCAAAGAAAUAAAUCCAGCAUCUCCAGAAGAUAAUACUUGGCUUAACAGCUGUGGUUAUAGCAAACUGGUACAGAAGACACUCACCUCACUUAAAGGGGUGCUCCAGGGUGGCAUAUAUAAAAAAAAAAAAAGAAGAAGAAAAGCCACCACACUACCUGGAUAUGUUCCCCGUUAAUGAUCCUGCCUAAUAUGCAUGGCUCUUGUGGCCCCUUUUUGUCUUCUCUGGCUGCUUGAUAUUCUUUGCCACCCUUCCCUUCUCUCCGUCUGCAGCAUGAUUCUACAUUCCAGGCAGCCAUUGCAGCUCUGUACUCAGUGUCUUCCAGCUCCUCGCAGCUCUCUCUCUAAGAGCAGCCCCCACCUCCUCCUCUGUGAGCAGAGAUACAGUGUCUGAUUGGCUGAGGCUGCACAUACCUCCCAGCUAAAGGGAGCAUGACUUAUCAUUGUAGAAACCACAUGGUCUGUUUCUUUCUGGAGGGUGGGGGCUGCUUUCAGACAGAGAUUUGGACAGAAACACAGAGGAUGGCUAGACUACAUAUUUUACUCACUCCCUGCAUGUAAGUGACAAAUGAAAAAGGGGAAACUGCUCUUUAUAGCUAAUAAAUUAAAUUAGACAAAUUAGUUGGUGAGAGGAAAAGGAUGGGCUAUAGGUUUAGUUCCCUGGAGUUCCCCUUUAACUGAUUUGACAUGUUUCAGGCAUGUCCAGCCCUUAGUCAAGUCUACAUUAUUACAUAGUAGACAUGAUUAAAGGGGUACUCUGCCCCUAGACACCUUAUUCCCUAGCCAAAGGAUAGGGGACAAGAUGUCUGAUCGCGGAGGUCUGUCCAUUGGGACCCCCUGCGAUCUCUGGCGUGGCACCCCAGUCAUCCAAUGCAAGCAGCAAACUCCACUCUGUGCCAGAUGACGGGCAACCACAGCUGGCAUGCUCCCUCCAUUCAUAUCUAUGAACAUGAAUGGAGGGGCUGUGGAGUCAGAAAGAGAAUCUACAAGCUUCCAUGUUCAGAACGCCGCUGUGCCGGUCUGGAGAUCUUUUAUUUAUUAGAGGUCGUUUUACAAAUGAAAGAAGCCAUCUGAUUGGUUGCUAUGGGCAACUCGUCAACUUUUCCUCUGCACAGGUUUUGAUAAAUCUUCCCCUAUAUUGUUAAACCCAAAACUUCUCACAUACUUACAACAAUGACAUUUUUAUGACCCCCGCAAUCAGACAUCUUAUCCCCUAUACUUUGAUAGGGGGAUAAGAUGUGUAGGGGGCAGAGUACCCCUUUAAGGGCUGGAUGUGCCCAAAAUGCAUUGGCAUCAGUUUAAUGUGUCCUUUGGAGUAGGUCUAGUCAUACAUUAAAUGGUAGAGAUGACUAAGUGCUGGAUGUUCCCAAAAUGCAUUGUCAUCAAUAAAUUGUAUGGCUUUGUCCUCUGUAUAAGUUUUCUGGACUCUGACCUGUUAAAUAAAGCCUUAAAGGGGUACUCUGGUGAAAAACUUUCUGCUGACAUCUCUGUCCAUUUUAGGAACUGUCCAGGACAGCAUAUGUUUGCUAUGGGGAUUUCCUUUUACUCUGGACAGUUCCUAAAAUGGACAGAGAUGUCAGCAGAGAGCACUGUGCUCCUGAUGUCAGCAGACAGCUCUGUGUUUCAAACGGAAAAGAAUUUCCACUGUAGUAUUCAGCAGCUAAUAAGUACAGGAAGGAUUAAGAUUUUUUAAUAGAAGUAAUUUACAAAUCGUUUUAACUUUCUGGCACCAGUUGAUUUAAAGUUUUUCACCGGAGUACCCCUUUAAGCAUUUUUUAAUAGUCUGCAAUGUGGAUUGACGUUACUGUUGGUCACAACCUAGAAAGAGAGUGCGGACCAUUUAAUAACUUUACAUAGGAAAUUGGAAAGUUGUCUACAUCCUGUUAUCGAAAAUCCUAUUGCAGAUGUAUAUUUUUAAGGGUAACACAUUUAUUGGGUAUUUAAGUGCUAUUUAGAGGAAAUGAGGGGGGAAAAAAACAAAGAUGUAAAAUUUGUAAAGAGAUAUAUUUUUUCAAAAUUGUAUCUGUCAUAGUGUUUGUCUGUAGCAGCCACUAGGAGGGCUUGCUGCAAAUUUUUACAGUCAUCAAUAAGUUCGGUCCUAGCUGUACAGAUGUCUAUAUGCAGUUCCAUUCUACACCAUGUGGCAACUGCUUGCAUCCAAUGAUAAGCUGGGCAGCAGUGUGACUUAUUGAGUCCCAGCUCCUGUCUUCUUCCUGGUCCAAAGGCCUAAUGUGUCACAUAGCCGUUCAGCCUAUCACUGGCCAAGGCGGAACAUCGCGUUGGCCAGCAAGUAGCUGAGCUGUGGUGUGACGGAUGGACCACAAGAACCAGGAAGACAACCACACCGGCAGCUGGCAGGAUAAAAAAAAAAAUGUUCUAUCCUCAAUAACCCAUUUAAUAUGAAAAGUGGUGCAAUGGGGUGUCUGUAUCAUUGUAAAAUUUGACAAUAUAGAAGGACUUAUUCAUAAAGAACCUGUUUAUCAAUGGGUCACUGAAAGAACUAGCUAUUGGAUGGGUUUAUGUUUUGUGUUUUUUAUUUUAUACUAGUAUUUAAAAGCUUUACAUUAAUCUGGCUUGACUGCAAAUGCUUCAAAUUGUUUAGACCUUCUGAGCUACUAGUGUGGCCAAAAUGUGAUGACAUUUUGUUACACUUUUCUAUGCAAAGCUCCUGUUGCAAUAUUACACAAAU